AUGUCCAACAGCAGCUCCAUCAGCCAUUUCCUCCUGCUGGCAUUGGCAGACACGCGGCAGCUGCAGCUCCUGCACUUCUGCCUCUUGCUGGGCAUCUCCCUGGCUGCCCUCCUGGGCAACGGCCUCAUCAUCAGCGCCGUAGCCUGCGGCCACCACCUGCACACGCCCAUGUUCUUCUUCCUGCUCAACCUGGCCCUCAGUGACCUGGGCUCCAUCUGCACCACUGUCCCCAAAGCCAUGCACAAUUCCCUCUGGGACACCAGGGACAUCUCCUACACUGGAUGUGCUGCACAGCUCUUUUUUUUUAUGUUCUUCAUCUCAGCAGAUUAUUUCCUCCUGACCAUCAUGUGCUACGACCGCUACGUGUCCAUCUGCAAACCCCUGCACUACGGGACCCUCCUGGGCAGCAGAGCUUGUGCCCACAUGGCAGCAGCUGCCUGGGUCAGUGGCUUUCUCAAUGCUCUGCUGCACACAGCCAGUACAUUUUCCCUGCCCCUGUGCCAUGGCAAUGCCCUAGGCCAGUUCUUCUGUGAAAUCCCACAGAUCCUCAAGCUCUCCUGCUCCAAUUUGUACCUCAGAGAACUUGGAUUUCUAGUGUUUUCCAUCUCCUUAGGACUGGGAUGUUCUGUGUUCAUUGUAUUUUCCUAUGUGCAGAUCUUCAAGGCUGUGCUGAGGAUCCCCUCUGAGCAGGGACGGCACAAAGCCUUUUCCACCUGCCUCCCUCACCUGGCUGUCAUCUUCCUGUUUGUCAGCACUGCCAUAUUCGCCCACCUGAAGCCUCCCUCCAUCUCCUUCCCAUCUCUGGACAUGGCCCUGUCAGUUCUCUACUCAGUGGUGCCUCCAGCCCUUAACCCCCUCAUCUACAGCCUGAGGAACCAGGAGCUCAGUGCUGCAGUGAGGAGACUGAUGAUUGGAUGGUAUCGGAAACAUUAA